AGUUUCUUGGAUUCACCUUUAUUGUUCAAACGAAAACCAAAUCUGGUGGUCCAUUUUACGGUUUUUACAUGCAGACAUGUUUCGUGAUUCUACCAUUAACAUCUCUACAUGCAUGAUUGUUCUAUAUAUAAGCCAUACAUUACCCUUAUACUCUCUUUCUUGUUUCCAAAAGCAGAGUGGUAAACCGAAAGAAAUAACUAAAAAGUCUAAAAUAAUGGAAGCUAGAGUAAUUUCUUGCACUACUUCUGGAGACGAUAAGGUCUUGAAGAUUGCUGUUCCGAAUCAUCAAGCAGUUGCUAAAUACGAAGCAGGAGAAAACGAAACGACCAUUGUUGUUUCAGAUGAUACUUGCUCGGAGAAUGAUGUCAAAGAGAUUAAGAAGUGUUGUGAGAAGCUAGGGUACGUUUACGAAGGCAGACUUAACGAAGAAUACACUCAAACCAACACUGGACCUGGUUUGGUCUGAAACUUUCAUAAUUAU